AUGUUUUAUCAGCGCUUUUCUUGGGGAAAUCCUUAUGCGGCCCAGCGUCACCCAGACUCUGCCUCCAACGGCCCCGGGUACAUUGAGUUUGAGACCCCUGAUAUAUAUUAUAUGGGAAUCACCAUCGUGGUUCCGAUUUUGGGUGUCGUACUGGUGGCUUUGGUCGCGGGGGCGGGGGGGGAGGCCGUCGCACCCUCCCCUUACCUCGGGCUCUUCGGCUCCUCCGUCCCCGUCGCCUCCAGGCUCGCGUCGACCUCCCGGUACUCCUUGACAGUCCAGCACGGCGCCGUCCCACGUGCGAGUUCCGUCUCAGCGCCCCUCGAGCGUGAGAAGUUGGUGAAGUUCGAUGUUGACGACACGACUCUGUACCGCGAGGACGUGGGCGACGGUCCCUCCAAUCCCGAGGAGAGCUCCGAGGAGGUCCAGCGGCGUCAGGAAGGUCUUGGCAAGUCUUCAACGCGCCCCUUCCACCCCCGAAUCGAUACCGCUCUUCCUCCGCAGAGGACGCGAGCGACAGUUCCUUCUGUUCCUAAGGUGGAGACGCCAACAGCCGUCCCUGUCGCUCUUCCAGUCCAGGCGCAAGUUGCUGUUGUUUCUCCGGCCAGCGCGAAGGUCGUUGUCCCGGUGGUCCCUGCAGCGGUGUCGCCCUUGGUCACCCCCGCACCCCAAGUGACACUCCAGCAUGAGGUGGUCAAGCAGCAGUUCCAUGCCCAGGACGAGCUCGGCCGCUACGCCUUCGGGUACAGCGGCGGCCCGUCGUCCCGCGCCGAAACCCGCGACGCCCUGGGCCACGUCCGGGGCUCCUUCAGCUACGUGGAUCCGCACGGGAAGAUCCAGUAUCAGCACUACGUGGCCGACGAUCACGGCUUCAGGAUCACCUCCGCCUCCAACUUGCCACAACAAAGGCGGAAACGUUCCGCAGAAACUUCAGAGGACCAGAAGGCUACGGAAGCCCAUGUAACAGGCAAGGCACGCUCACAUAAAGCUCAUUCAGGGACCGGAUCUCCGGCUGGCACUGCCAGUCUAACAGGAUUUGCCAGCCACCCAGGAACCCCAAGUCAGUCACCAUUCGCACUCCAGCACUUCUUAACCGCCCAACCCAACUCAGUGGCCCAGCCAGCUCACUUGGCUCAUUCAGACACUCUAGCUCAUUUUGGCUUCCCCUCUCAAAGCGGCAUCUUGGUUCGCCCAAAUGAAAUCCAAGCAGCUAACACGGCACACUCAAAUUUUGCUCACUUGGGACCUGCAGUUCAGACGAACCCUGGAAUUGGUCAGAGUUCCUUGCCUCUCCCGGGCAGCUUUGCUCACCAACUUACCCCGGUUCCCGUCGGCUUUGCGGUCCAGCCAGUUAAUUCUGCCCACCAAGGUGCCACGUCCUUCCAGAAUGCUGCAUUCCAGGGUACCGUAGCCACCCCAAGUAACGCCUUCCAGGGCGCAGUAACUAGACCAAGUAGCACAGCCUUCGUAGGUUCCCUACCCAGUUCUCAUAACAUACCGUUUCAGGGCCCACUGAUUCACCAAGACACCCCAGCACAAUCACAGUUUGUGGCAGUCCCAGGUUCCAGACCAUCUACACUGUCUACUGCUGCUGCCGGUACUGUUGGCCUUCCGAGUACUCACGGUUUUGCAGGUCAGAGUACCGUCUUCGGAAACCAGGGGUCCCUCACUGCACCUGGGUCCUUUUCACCCACUGGCGCCCCAUCCUUUCCCAGCGGCAAUGUCGCACUCUUCGUGAAUUCCGACUUCCUUCAGAGCAACCGCGGAGACGCCUUCGCCCCAACAUCCGGUGGCAGCGUGCGUCAUUCCAACCCCAGCCACGGGAUUCUGCAAGGCCUCGGGAGAAUUCCUAGCACCCCGGGACUUCUGACCUCCGCUUCCGGCACUCCAGGAAUCCUCGACGUCUUGGGCAACCAGGGUAGCUCCGGCUUUUCCUAUGGAUUCGAGGAAGGUCCUACAUCUGUCCAGACUUUCGGAAGUCACUUCAACCCUGGACGUCAGUAAGAAGGAAGAGCAUCCUGAGGGAAAUUAUUCUACCAUAGGCAACUAUGUUAACCUACAUAGGUUACUAAUCGCCUAAUCUUCCGCCUGUUUCAGAAUCAAAUUUGUACUCGAAGCCGUCUUUUGGUGUACAAUGGUGGUUUAAUAAGUGGUAGGCAGAGAUAGGGAAACAGAGGGGCUAGGAAGGUGGGAAGGAAGAAGGGAAGGAAGGAGAGAGAGAGAGAGAGGGAAGGAGGGAAAAAGAGAGAGAGGGAAGGAGGGAGAAAGAGAAAGAGAGAGAAACCUAUUCAUUUCCCUCAGUUCCACCUCAGUCUCUAUCCAAUAUUCUCGAUAGAACCCUGAAUAGGUGUACCUAAGGCGGAGAUUCAGUCAUUUUUUCUUUAUUAUUUUGUAUUUAGAUUAAGGCAUAUGUAUGUGUAUGUUUUGUGUAUAAUUGUAGUACCCAAACUUAUAUACAUUCAGACAUGCGCAAUGCAUUUCAGCAGAUUAUUUCAUUUUAUAUCUAAUGUGAAUAUGUACAGAU